ACCUAACCUCAAAUACCCAAUGAACUAAGCAGCAAAACCGUGAAAAUUAGUCUAAAAUAUUCCGGUUUGCUCUUCAUCACCAUCAUUUUUUAUUGGAACCCCUUUAUAGAAUGCUUAAAGAAUCUCGAAUCCAGGUUAUCGACUGUGAUAAUUGGAAUAAUUCCACAGCGAAGAAAAUAUUUUUUUAGAGUGCAUUUGGCUACGUGAACCACCAGUGAGUGCAAUCACUUUGGAACCAACUACAAUGCUCCGUGAGCAAUGAACGAAAUUUGAUCUCGUGAAAUGGAGCAAUACUCCACAACAAACAGCAGGGAAACAACAACAAGCAAAUAGGCAACAUAUGCAUGCAAAUACGCGGCGCAAAAACAAUAAUACAUGCAACGUUAGACGUUGGACGAUGGACGCCAUUUGACGGCGAUGAACCGCUAAAGAAAGUGCUGCAAUCUCAUGUGGAAGGGAGAAUGUAUAACUGGGUGCUGGAGAAAUGCACACAAAUAAAAGUAACCGCGAGCGUUGCGAAAUUGUCAUUAGUAAUAAACGAUUGAGCAAAUGCGGACGUAAGGAUAACAAAUGCUUGAGAGCAAGUCGGCAAGCCUAGAAAAGGAAUAAUUUAAAAAUAUAUAUUUGAAAAGGAUAAAAACCACUGUUAGUGUUAAGGGAAGCUUUAGAGCGCAAAGCGUAUGUGCUGUGCAAUUCUUGGAGACACGGUUUACAGUGUGGUAGCAUGCCCGACUGUUACGCGUGGCUGGCCGUGGUGUGUGUACUGUGUGUGCUGAAUGUGGGCUGGUCCCGCGCAGCCGACGACGAUGAACAUGUGCACAUCAAAGUGCGAAUGCCGGAGGUGGCGCGGAAACAUAAAUCACGCAAACCCUCGCAGCAACUUAGCCACCACAAGUACCACCACUUGCCACAUCACCAUUACCAUAACCUACACAAGCCGUACUACCAGCCGCAACUACACGCCGCCCAGUAUCCAAAUCAAGCAGCCAAACACGGCCGCAGAGCCGUAAGGCCAACCCCAGCGACGCCACCAAUAAUCAUGUCACACAAUCCCCAUGAAAUGGCGACUGCAUACGGCGAUGAGUUGAGUGCCGGCGGCAUGGCCGAGCACCUGUUGUAUACACCGGCAGCAGCACAGCCGAUAUCUGUUGUCGAUUUGAAGAGCAACUAUGGUCCGGCGUUAUUUGGCAGCGCCGGCGAGGCGAACCCGCAUGAAAAUAUACAACAACAAGAGGACAUGUUGACUAUGCCGGGCGGCACGCAACAGCUCGUGCAACAUAUGGAACUAAUGGGCGCUUUGGCAGCAGCGGCGGCAGCGGCAGCGGCUACAUCGGGCGGCACGAGUGGUGAGCACGAAGAUGGCAAUAGCGCGAGCGGUGCUACUGAAACAAACACGUUGUUGACGGAUGACUUUUUAGCCGAACUGCAACGUACUUAUGCGAACGGUAAAUAUCCGACGGCAAGUUUUCGGCGCAAGAAGAAAUAUCGGGGGGCGGGGCUGGCGGAAAUAGGAGAUGCUGCUGCCACAUACGCCUUAAACUCAACGCCACAACAACAAAGCAUACAAUUAUUACAGCAGCAACAGCAGUUGCAGCUAAUGCGACAACAAUAUCAACAGCAACAAAAACAACAACAACAACAUAAACAUCAGCCACAAUUCUAUGGCGCUAGCUACUUUAUGCAACAACAGGCCAAGCCGCAAGCGCAAAUGUUGAGAGCACCACCAGUAAUUAGUAGCAACAACAACAAUAACUACCACAACUAUCAUCCGCAUAUGCAUUACAAAAACAAGCAGCACUACAACACUAAUGACAUUUAUACUACCGCCACAUCCGAUGAAGACGAGCUCGACACUGAUGACGCCGAUUCCAACGAAGUUGAAGACACAAAUGACGGCGCCAGCGGUGCUGACGAUGACCACGAACACGACUAUGACAACGAUGAUGAUGUGUCGCUGUACUUUUCCAGCCGCCCUCCAACGACCACCGCGCCCCCACCCUCCCCGACCGCCUACAGUAGCGGCGCUAAUGACUACGAUGAUGACGUGGAGCAAUUCGGUUACAAUAGCCACAAGAACAACUACUUUGCCGGCAUUGAAGGUGACGGCAAGGUAGGUGUUAAUCCGGUUAGUUAUCAGCCGACAACAGCCUAUGGAGCAUAUGCGGUCAUACCAUCGACACCAGCGACAGCAACACAACACAAACGGCGACCAUAUCGACAAUUGCAACAGCAACAACAACACCGGCAUACGCAACAAAACCGUUACACAGCUACACAGUCAUUUGGCAUUGCGGGUCAUCAGCAGUUACAGCAGCCUCUACAGCUACAACAACAACUAAUCACCACAGCACAACCAAUUAAUGUCGUCGGUCCAACUGCAAGUGACUUUGAUGACCAGCAGACACCAACAACACAACCGCAGCCGAACAGGCAGCAGCAGCAUCACAAGUACCCGAUGUCAACACGCUACAAGAAACGCAAAAACCGCAUCAAAGGAAAGCUAAAUCGAAAUCGCAUUCUGACGCAAUAAUUGCUUUUGCUUCGGCGACGAGACGCUCAACGACGGCAACGACUAGAAUUGUCACUGGUCAGUUGAAUAACUUCAUUUGCUGCCGUGGUGACUAACUACAUAUAUCCCCGAUACAAAUAUCCACAAUAACAACAACACCAACUUCAUCACUACGCCUUUCGCUUUGGCAGCCCGAUCUUGUAGGCGUAUAAUACCAUUAGUUGUUAGUAGUGUUGUGCUAUGGUAAUUGCAACAUCGCACGACUAUUCCCAUAUUCCCUAGCUGCAGCUGCGUAUAAAUUGCUUAGACAAGUGUGUUGUGUAGAGCAGAAGCAGAAGCAGCAACAGCAAUAUACAAUUUUAGAUUGGUUAGCGCAGCACCAGCAGGUUAAGUGGAUUUACGGCCAGUCGGAGAGUUAUCACAUUUGCGAUUAGCUUAAUUUAUUGACAUUCCCCUAUCAAGUUAAGGUAAUAGUAACGCCAAGCAUGUUUAAGUUUGAAAAUAAAGUCUAAGCAAAACGGUUGAAAAGUUCAUUAGAGGAUUUUACUUCUUAGUAUUGGAUAGUCGAAAAAGUAUUUUCGUAUUUUGUCAAUAGAUGUCGUUGCAGUCGUA